AUGGGUUUCCUGGAAUCACGACUAAAGACUAGUUAUUAUCAGUUUAAACUUGCUUAUCGUCGCGUCACCUUCGAAUUGCAUGAGACUCUUUGUUCAGUCGGACUUCAACAACUUCAUGUCACUGACUUUUUAUAUCUCCCCUUAGGCUCCUUCGUUAUUCUCGGACCGGCUCUUGCUUGCAACGACUGCGGCGGCGGCGCAGGUGGAGCUGGGCACGCAGGACAAUCCACCCUCUUCAUCGCAGCAGCAGCACACCACAUACACACCGCCGCCACCACGCACACACACGGUCACGCCGCAGCGCUGGCCGUUUUUGCUGUCGGUUUCCCCUCGAAUGACACUUCCAGUCGACCGAUAAAACGACCGUCUGCGGCAUCUUCCGUCAGAUUUCAAGAUGAGAAAAACAAUGGCCUACGUGCCAUCUUCAGACGUGCCGUCGGCAUUUCUAUUCAACACCGGUGA